GGCGAAGUUGUUAGAGCAACAACCCACCCAAGCCAGCCUCUUCUAUAACUAGCGACUUCCAACAACAAGCAAUGUCUCAAGCUACCGACGCCGUCCAUGGCCAUCACGACUUCGCGCGGGCCAACCAGGCGCACUUCGACGAGCACGCGGACAAACUCGAGGAGGAACACCCUUAUGCGCGUGGGUUCGCGGUGCUUAGCGUGAACGCGAUGCGCGACACGUUCCCCGCCCUCUUCGACAGGGAGCACACGGAAGUGCUCGACUAUGCCUGUGGCACCGGGAUGUUCUCACAGGCGCUGCGUCCGUAUGUGAGGAGUAUCGUUGGGGCGGACAUCAGCCAAGCCUCGGUCGAUGUGUACAACAAGCAGGCCGCGGACCAGGGCUUCGCGUCCGAGAUGAAAGCCGUACGCGCCGAGCUGAAGGGCGAGGCAGGCGAGCUCGGCGGAACCAAGUUCGACCUCAUCACCUGCUCCGCCGCCUACCACCACUUCGCGGACAUCGACACCGUCACGCGCGCGCUCGCGUUCUUCCUCAAGCCUGGGGGCGCCCUCCUGGUCACGGACAUGAAGGCCGCCCCGGACGGGGCCGUCCUCGUGCCCGAGACAUACCACCACGUCGUACCGCACCGGCAUGGGAUGACCGAGGAGAGGAUGCGCGCGACGUUCGAGGGCGCGGGGCUGGAGGAGUUCGCGUUGAAGGACAUGCAGCCGGUGAGGAUGGCGCCGGAUGCGCCGGAGAUUAUGUGGUUCGUCGCGCGCGGCGUGAAGCCUGCUGAGGUGGCUUGAUCAUCAGGAUAUUGUGCCUUGUACCCUUGUACUUACUUUGCUCUGGUCUCGAACGUACUUUCACACCAAGAGGACUCGGACAUGUCGGGUCCGAAAGAGAAACCAAACUGAGGAACAG